AUGGAUGAAGAAUAUGAUGCGAUCGUUUUGGGUACCGGCCUUAAGGAAUGCAUUCUAAGUGGAAUGUUAUCGGUGUCGGGAAAAAAGGUUUUACACAUUGAUCGUAAUAAGUACUACGGUGGUGAAUCGGCAUCAAUUACUCCAUUAGAAGAAUUGUUCGCGAAGUUUAACGCACCUGCACCUGAUGAGACCUACGGCCGAGGUCGUGAUUGGAACGUCGAUUUGAUACCGAAAUUUCUGAUGGCCAAUGGCUUAUUGGUGAAACUUCUAAUCCAUACGGGCGUCACCCGGUAUUUGGAAUUUAAGUCUGUAGAAGGUAGUUAUGUGUACAAAGGUGGUAAGAUAUCGAAAGUGCCGGUCGAUCAAAAGGAGGCGUUGGCUUCUGAUCUGAUGGGAAUGUUCGAAAAGAGGCGUUUCCGAAACUUCUUAAUCUAUGUUCAAGAUUUUCAGGAGGAAGACAGUAAGACCUGGAAAGACUUCGACCCCAGUACAGCAAAUAUGCAAUCCCUCUAUGACAAGUUUGGUCUAGAUAGAAACACGCAAGAUUUUACUGGUCAUGCGCUGGCUCUUUAUCUGGAUGAUAAUUAUUUGCAGCAACCAGCCAUCCAGACUAUCCGUCGUAUAAAGUUGUAUUCCGAUUCCCUUGCCCGAUAUGGAAAGAGUCCCUAUCUGUAUCCAAUGUAUGGUUUGGGUGAGCUACCUCAAGGUUUUGCACGGCUUUCAGCCAUUUAUGGAGGCACCUACAUGUUAGACAAGCCCAUCGAUGAGAUUGUUCUUGGCGAAGGAGGUAAAGUAAUUGGAGUACGCUCUGGCAAUGAAAUUGCCAAAUGUAAACAAGUCUACUGUGACCCCAGUUAUGUUCCAGAGAGGAUUCACAAAAAGGGAAAAGUUAUUCGGUGCAUAUGCUUGUUAGAUCAUCCCAUUAACAACACUAAAGAUGCUUUGUCUACCCAGAUUAUUAUUCCUCAGAAGCAAGUAGGAAGGAAUUCUGAUAUCUAUGUUUCCUUGGUUUCUUACACCCACCAGGUGGCUGCUAAGGGCUGGUUCAUUGCUAUGGUUUCAACCACUGUUGAGACUAAUGAUCCAGAGACUGAAAUAAAGCCUGGUCUAGACCUGUUGGGUCCAAUUAGACAGAAAUUUGUUUCUGUUACUGAUUAUUAUGAGCCUACUGAUGAUGGAAGUCAAAGCCAAAUCUUUAUUUCAGAAUCAUAUGAUGCGACUACACACUUUGAAACCACUUGCUUAGAUGUCCUAAAAAUUUACAAGCGUGGUACCGGUGAAGAUUUUGAUUUCUCUAAAGUUAAACUGGAAUUGGGUGAAGAGGAGCAGUAA